AUGGAUCACGACACUACGCAUGGUGGGUAUCCCAGUGUGAAAUGGAAUACGUCGCUGGACAUCCCGCUGAAAGACUCGGAAGAGGUUGUCAGCAUCGACCUGGCGAACGAUUUGCCAGAAGACCCAAGCGACCUGAAAACGUUGUUGGUGGAAGAAAACUCGGACAAAGAACACUGGCUGACAAUUGCAAUCGCUUACAGCCAAUGCGGGAUGCUGAAAGAGUGCAUACGUCUGGUGGAAAUGGCGCUAGAGGUGUUUCAAGGCCCGCAAUCGGCUGCGUUGCACACAUGUUUAACCUGGGCAUUUUUGAAACAAGCCAAGGCCCAGUCGAUGCACCAGAGUGAAUGGGAUAAUAGCUUGUUACAAGCCGAACAACAUCUCAAGGAAGCUAUUGGAUACAAUCCCUCUGGUGUUGGAAACAUGCUGGCAACAAUCGACCUGUAUUACCAAAGACGGCAAUACGAUAAGGCUCUGGAAAUGUCAGAGCUUUUCUUGCGUGGUAUUCACGCCGAAGACCAGCGGCUUGGGCGUACUUCAAAACCCAACGUUCUAUUUUUGCUCGUUAGGGCCAAACUUUUCUACCAAAAGAAGAAUUAUCCGGUUAGUUUGAGACUUUUCCAAGAAUUGCUGGUUUUGAACCCGGUUUUGAAGCCAGACUCAAGAAUUGGUAUAGGAAUGUGCUUUUGGCAGCUCAAGGACUACGAAAUGGCCCUUCGCGCUUGGAAGCGCAGCUUGGAGCUAGUACCUGAUAAUCAAAACGUCAAAAUUUUACUUUUGCUCGGUGAAUUCCAUAAGACGCUCACGAACUCUGAAGACGACGAGUCUUUUAAGCAGCAAUACACAGCUGCACUCACUCAACUCGGUCAACUUCUCUCAACAAACAAGCACAACCCGGUUCUUUUAGUGCUUUAUCAAACGUACUGCUAUUUGAAAGCCGAUUUUCAAAAGGUUAUAGAUAUCCAUGAGCAACAAAUCGUUCCAUAUGCAUCGGGCUACUCUAACACCGUUGUAUCGGAGUCAGCCUUUUGGUGCGGGCGAGGCUACUACGCCUUACAAGAGCCGCGGAAAGCCUUUGCGGCGUUCCAGGAGAGUCUCAAAGCCAACGAAGACAGUUUACUUGCACGUGUCGGGCUUGGUCAAACUCAAAUCAAGAACGCUUUGAUCGAAGAAAGUAUUUUGACAUUCGAGAAUCUUUACGGAACUCAUGAAAAUAUCCAAGAGAUCAACUAUAUUUUGGGUCUUCUCUGCGGGGCCAAAUGCCUGGAUGCCAAUACCUGGAACUCGAUGGUGCCAAAUGACAGAAAUAAACUCUUACAAAAAUCGGUUGACUAUCUUGAAAAAUACAUCAAGCUAACUAAGGCCAAGGGCAAUCAAUCUGUCAUUGUCAAGGCGUACCUGUUCUUAUCCGAGCUCUACCAGCUCCAAAAUUCACACAAGCAAUCUCUAGAAGUUCUUUCUCGUGUUGUCGACCAGUUGCAAACUAGUGGCGAAAACAUGGUACCACUAGAGAUAUACAAUAAUCUGGGAUGCUUUUAUUUCAUAAAUGGCGAUCAAGCUGAAGCUCAAAAAUAUUUCGACCAAGCUUCGAAAAUGACUCACAAAUCUGGAGAGGAAAGUCCAGCUUCCAUCACUAUCAAUUUCAAUAACUCAAGGGUUGCUGAAUAUGAAAGUUCUGAUGAAGCUCUAAAGGGCUAUGAGAAUCUUUUAGCAGUACACCCUGGCUACGUGCAUGCCAGAAUAAGAUAUCUAUAUCUUUCGGUAAUGAAAGCCGAAAGUGCGUCAUUGGACAAGCAAGCGAACGAGCUUUUAGAGCAUCACAACUCUGAUUUGGACGCACGGUCGUUCUACAGUUGGUUUUUGAAAAACGGAUCUGUUGAAAAGAAAACAGAAGGGGCCGACAAAUUGGAAACCAAUCACAACCGUGAUACGCUAACGAAGUAUGACUCUCAUGACUCCUAUGCUCUACUUUCUCUUGCAAACCUGUACAUAACCAUUGCAAGAGAAUCCAAGAAGUCGUCUGCACCCAAAGAGCAAGACAAAUCCAGACAAUCUUUCAUAAAGGCUAUCCAGCUGCUGCAAAAGGUCUUACAAGUGGACUCAUUCAACAUUUUUGCAGCUCAAGGGUUGGCGAUGAUAUACGCCGAAAACAAAAGGUUUGGGCCAUGUUUAGAAAUUCUCAGAAAGGUCAGAGAUUCUCUCGAUAACGAAUCUGUUCACAUUAACACAGGACACUGCUUGCUAGAAAUGCAAGAGCACGCAAAAGCUAUUGAAAACUACGAAAUUGCGUUAAAACAGUUUUCAAAUGAAAGCUCAAGGCCUUUAUUAUUAAAUCUGCUGGGUCGUGCUUGGUACUCUCGUGGGGUGAAAGAGCGGUCUUUCGAAUGUUACGAAAAGUCAUUAGAGUAUGCUCAGGACGCCUUGGCGGCUGAACAAGAGAAAGAAAAUUCAAGCAUGAUACAGAGCAUAAAGUUCAAUGUGGCCUUAUUGCACUUCCAGAUAGCGGAAACUCUUCGUAGAGCACCUGCCAAUGAAAGAACUGUUUCCCAACUCGAAAACGCCGCAAGUGGCUUGAACACCGCCUCUGUUAUACUAAAGGAGCUGAUAGAUCAAGGCACUAAUAUCAUGCCGAUCGACGAGUUAGAUCAACGUUUGCAGUUGAGCAAUACUACUAUGAAGACUGCUCUUGAGAGAUGUAUUACGCAGCAAAAAGAGCAUGAAGCGGAAGCUGCUGCGAAAUUGGAGAACGCGAGAAGAGCAUUUGAAGAAGGCGAGGAGAAGGAGCGUGAGCAUCGCAGACUUCUUGAAGAUAAAGAACGCCAGCGUAUUGCUAAACAGACCGAAGAAUAUAACAAACUUCAGGAAGAAGCGCGUAAGCUGAUGGAAGAGCGUACAGAAAUGGACACGCUGGAAGACGCUAGGGAUUCUAACCCACCGCUGAGCGGUGAUGAGGAUUUCCAACAAAACGGGGAAGAUAAGAAGAAGAAGAGAGCCAAACGUACUAAGAAGGCGGAUAAUGAGAAGGCUGCUCCAAAAAAGAAGAGGAAAACCAAAAGAGCCGUUGUUGAAGAUGAUGAAGACAACGAAAACGAAGAAGAAGGGCUCGCGGAGCCCGAAACCUCGAAGCCUGGUCGGAAAAGCAAGUCGCCGUAUCUAUCCAAAGAGUUUAUUGACGACAGUGACGAAGAAGAUGGUAAGUCUAUGGAAGAUGAUAAGUCAGCCCAAUCCACACCUCGAAAGAAUAGUGACGCUGAGGACAAAGACGACGAGGAGGAUGGGCUAUUCUAG